AUGUCACAAGAAGCCACAGUCCCGCAAAUGCGUGGUCUCCCAAUCGCCUUCCACGGCACUAUGAUUCACACCCUGGACGUCUCGACUCUCGAAAUCCUCCAAAAUUGCCUUCUCAUAAUCGACAGCGAGGGCAAAAUUGAAAAGAUAUACAAAGAUGCACCCCCUGACAAAGUCAACGAACUCAUAUCUGAAGCCGGCCAUACACCCGACGUAUUCCCAGUCAAAUAUCUCAAAAGAGGUGAAUUUUUGAUUCCGGGGUUUAUUGAUACCCACCAUCAUGCGCCUCAAUGGGCUCAGCGGGGUAUGGGACGAGAUCAGACGUUGCUCGACUGGUUGAAUAACGUUACUUUUGCACAUGAGCGGAAAUUCGAGGACUUGAAGUAUGCAAGAAAAAUGUAUACGGCCUGUGUACAAGCUGGGAUCAAGCAGGGCGUGACCACAGCAUCGUACUAUGGAAGUGUACAUGUGGAAGCAACUAAAAUUCUGGCAGAGAUAUGUCUGGAACAGAAUCAGCGUGCACUAGUGGGAAAAUGUAACAUGAAUCGCAGCUCGCCUGAAUGGUAUCAGGACUUGUCGGUUGAGGAAUCACUCAAACAAACCAAAGAGGUGGUUACUCAUGUCCGCCGUAUUGACAGCGAAGGGAAGUUGGUAAAACCCAUUCUCACACCAAGAUUUGCUAUUACGUGCGACGAUACACUACUCUCGGGAUUAGGAGAGAUUGUCAAAGAAGAAACCCCCAACGCCAUUCAUGUUCAGACGCAUUUCAACGAAGCCGCUGAUGAGAUGGAAUUCACCCGUCAACUAUAUCCACAAUUCAAACAUGAAGCUGAUCUCUACGAUGAAUACGGUCUCUUGGGUCCUCAUACUAUUCUAGCGCACAGCAUCUUUCUGGAAGAAGAGGAAAUGGACAAAAUCAAAUCCAAGGGAUGCGGGAUUGCACAUUGCCCUAUUUCGACUGCAACAUUGGGCGAAUUUAUGACAGCCCCAAUACGUGAAUAUUUACGCAGAGGGAUCAAAGUUGGGUUGGGAACUGAUGUUGGCGGUGGAUUUUCGAGCAGUAUGCUUGAGAUUAUGAGACAUGCGUUUAUCAUUUCCAAGGCACGGGAGACAAUGACCAAGGGUGCUGAUCCGGCGUUGAAGUUACAUGAAGGAUUCUUUCUGGCUACACUUGGUGGCGCACAGGUUUGUGGCCUGGAGGACAAAGUUGGUAAUUUUGUGGAGGGCAAGGAAUUUGACGCCUUGGAAAUUCACACUGUCGGUUCGGAACCGUGUGCAAGCGUUGGUGUCAUGAGUCCAAUUGAAGAUGACGACUCUAUUGCCGUUAUUUUUGAGAAGUUUCUGAUGACCGGCGACGACCGUAACAUUGCAAAGGUGUACGUUGCUGGACGGUCAUUGAAGGAGACUGUGUCUUGA